AUGUCUUGCCAAUUGAGUAUCGAUCUUCUCAUCCACUUUGUCAAGAACGAGGUAGACCAAGUCAAAACGAGAAAGCAAAGGAGGUGGCAGGUCGAUGUUCUUGGUAACUGGCAAGUUUGGGUUAUAUCUGGACUCAAUAGGAUUGGCCGAAGCCAGAAUGGAGGUUCUUGCAUUCAAAGUGGUAAUGAUACCAGCUUUUGCAAUAGAAAUGGUUUGCUGUUCCAUGACUUCGUGCAAGACAGAUCUUGUGGAGUCAGACAUCUUAUCGAACUCAUCAAUACAGCACACACCUCCGUCAGACAGAACCAGAGCUCCACUUUCCAGCACCAACUGCUUGGUUUCAAUAUCUCUGGUAACGUAUGCAGUCAAACCAACAGCAGAGGAACCUUUACCGGAGGUGUAAAUACCUCUAGGAGCGAUCUUGUGAACAUAUUGUAG